AUGAAAUCUAUCUGCCGGGGACCUUUUCACAGGUGCUAUGUUAGUGGGAGGGAGUGCAUGGUUUGCUUUCUUUCGCGGAGCUGUUUCGGCUUCAAUUCAAGAGGAGGGAAAACGCCAACUGCCAUGGCGAAGUCGCGAUUCCCAAAGAUUGCCACCCUGCUGACUGCUCUCGCCUGGCACUCCUUCUCCCAAAGCUUCGCUGGUAUUGGUGGUGGUGUAUGCUCAGGUCAGGGGCACCUCCUCCGACAGAAGGUGAAAGCCAUGGGCUUCAAGCGGGAGAUGUUUGGCUGCCUGGCCAGCGAAGACCCAUUGUGA